AUAAUAAAACUAUAUUAUAACGCACAUUAAAUUAUAAUCAUGACUUCGUCACAUAUAAAUCAUGCAGUGAUUAGUGAUACUACAACGCAAUUUUUAUCAAUAAUUGAUAGAUUAUUAUCAUUAACUAGUACUAAACUCAGUGAUAAAAAGCAAAUUAAUGUAUGCCUGAGUGAUCUUAAUGAACUGGAUUAUAGAUGGCUUGAUGUUAUAAAUAAUGAUGCUGUACUAUUGUUAGUGAAUCAACUUUGCACAAAUAUUUUACCUGCAGAAACAUUCUUAGUCCAGAAUGCCUGUAAAUUUCUGUACAAUUUAACACAAAGUAAUAUUAAACUUCAUGGUCGGACAUUUGUUGCUUGUAAACGAUGGAUCUUAGAAGCAUUGGAAUUCUCUGAACCAUUGGCACAAAUCGAUGUAUUGAUUACUAUAAAGAGCUUCUUAUAUGUUGGAUAUUUCAGUGAUAUCAAUCAUUAUGCACGUUUGUUACUGAGAGAUAAAGAUUUAUUGAUAAGACAUUUAAAUCCAUUAUAUGGUCCAUGGUCUGAAAUAAAUUUUCACGCUCUUGAGUGUUUACAAGAGAUUGUGGUAAACAAAAACAACAGUAAUUAUUUGUCAGAUGAAUUUAUAUUUUUGAUAAAAGAUAUUAUUUUCAAGAUUCUUACACUAUUACCAUAUUGGGAGGAUGAUAAACUUUAUUACAGUAAGGUUAUACGUUUGUGUCUACACAUCUUGCAUUUUAUGGUGUCGAAGAAAAUGAUUCCUAAUACCCCAGAUUUUAUUGGGGAAAUAUUAGGAGUGAUACAGGCAUUUUUAUUUCAUGGUAUUAAAGAUUAUCCAACUACAAAGCCGCAAUUACUCCGUCCUGCGGCAAUGAAUUUACCAGAACGUGUCCAUGUAAUACCAAAAUGCAAGAAUCUUAAGAACCACAAAGCAAGGCCGAAAAAAACAGCUGCUAAAAAGAUUAUGUCUGAUACAAGAAAUAAUACUCUUUCAGAACAUAGUGGAACUUCCAAAUAUUCUAGCGAUUCAGACACAUCGGACACAGAAGGCAACAAUUCUGUCCAUGUCGAUUUCAAAGUGAGAUUGGGAGCUGUAUGUUUAUUGCAAGUUCUCACAGAGUUCACUCAAAGUAGAGAGAUUUUCGGAUAUUGGCCACAAAUUGUUGCUACUGGCUCACGGAAUGACGCACGAGUGUUAACAAGAAGCAUAUUGGUAGAACCCGUGUCGAAAGUUAGACUAAAUGUAUUAAGUACAUUAACAGAAUUAUUGACGGGUGCCAGACCAUUCUUGAAACACGCGGAGGAUACCAAUUAUACUUCCUUCAUCACAUUUUUUGGCAUAGUUUGUUUGAUGGUCAAAGAAUUGCAUUUUACAUUAUCAUUGGUUUUAUUUACUGAGAAAAACGUGGCUGUUUUGACUCAUGCAUUGAAAUGCACGGCGGCUCUCGUACAAGGUACACCGUAUGAACGUUUAAAAUCUGGUUUGGUCAACAAAUUAGUUAGAAAUUGUAGGCCACACAUAUUUCAUAAAGAUCCGACUGUGCGAGUUGCAGCAUUGUCUGUUUUCGAAGCAUUCGCCUCGAGCGAACCUAUUACUCCAGAGAUAUCGAACAUGUUAGCUAAGCAAUCUAUGAAUGAUGCAGAGUCAGAAAGACUACAGUUCAAUGCUAGUCUUACUAACGAUAUCGGAACGGAGGAAGAAGAAGAAAUAGAUAUAGAAGAUAUUGAUAAUUCGGUGAACAGUUCUAAUGAAGUUAAAAUAUCUAAAGAUGAGAAAAUUAGUGUGCUAGUUCGCGUCUGUUUAGAAAAUAUAUCUAAUAAGACAAUCAGUACACCUGUACGACUUCAAUCUUUAAAACUCAUAGGAAGAUUGGCAUUCAAUACGGGCAACCUCGUGUUUCCUCAUUUAGAGAAAGUGACCACAACACUGGUCUCAGUUAUGGGAGAGGCGGAGAGUCAAGUGGUAUUACAUGCGUGUCGAGUCUUAGAGAUUAUAUCUGGUUGCCUCGCAAACACUGAGGCCUAUCAUAACAACGGUACACUAUUUUGGAAUACUAUAUUUGAAUCUAUGAUAUCACUUGCUCAAACAUCGCAGACUAUACUGCGAGAAGCUGCUUGCGAUUGUCUGGGUAGCAUCAAUGGAAAUAUACUUACACAAUUAUCGAGGCAAAGAGUUAUAUUAGUAAUAACGAUAUUGUUCGGAGCAGUUCGCGAUGAAGAGAGCGCUGUGAGGGCAGCCGGAUUACGUGCAUUAGGAAUGUUAGUAACUUUGUCAGCGUUAGAAGAUGAUACCGGUUUCCUCAUGGAUCUGGCUGACAUAGUUUACUUGACCUCCGAUGACAAGAAUCUUGGUGUUCGUGUAAAAAGUGCUUGGGCAUUGGCAAACCUGUGUGAUUGCCUCUCUAGACAGAAGCAACACGAAGACAGAGAACCAUUGCCUUUGGAGGUCCUAUUACCUCAAUUGUAUCAAGUGUGUGUAAAGGCUGCAAAGGAUAACGAUAAAGUGAAGUGCAAUGCUGUUAGAGCAAUUGGAACCAUAUUGUAUCUAUGUCCAGAGAAGCACAUACUUUCCGAUACGGCAUUAGGACUAGAUGCGCUUAUUAAUUGUGCAGUUUUAGGAAAUGAUAUGAAAGUACGAUGGAAUGCUUGUCGAGCUUUAGGAUUAGUUUUAGGUCAUAAUCCAGACGCAAUAUUGCCAUCUUCUUGGAAAGUUCAAGUAUUUCCAGUGCUCGCUAAUUUGAUAUGUCACAGUCCUAAUUUUAAAGUCCGCACUAAUGCCGCAUGGGCACUAUCGUCUUGUAAUCAUUAUGGUGAAUAUACUGUGAUGUUAUGGAAAAAUAUUAUUUUAGCCUUUGAAAAUGCUCAACAUGUCCCGAGCUAUAUGGAAUAUUCACAUCAAGAUGCAUUGAUUCAACAAUUAUGCCUUACUCUCAGUCGUGUUGCCGCUUGUACAGAAGAAUCCGAACUGCAAAAUCUUUGGGAGGAAAUUGGCGAUCAUGUGGAGGAAAUUUCUAAUUUUAUGAAACAGUUCCAGGAAACUGUGUUGCCUGAAAAACUAGGGGAUUUAAUUAAAGCAAGAGCUCAACUGGAACAUCAUGCAAAAAAUGCGCGAUACAUCGAAAAUCGUCAAAUCGCUCAAUUCUUAGCAAAUAUAUUUGAGAGAACUAAUCACUAUGACAAUUUAGAUGUCACACCUACAAUAUAAAUUUAUAAGAACCAAUAGUAAAAAGAAAUUAAAAAUAUUUCUUGACAAGCAUUUUUUGUACAAAUUAUUCAUGAUUCUAUUGGAAAAAUAGAUAUAAAUUUAUAGUAACA